AAGUUAUAAUGUGUCCUAUCAGAGGAAUCAAGACCUGACCACCUUCUCCGAAGUGGCACGAGUCCCUAAAGGAGCAGAGUGGCUGUGGCACCCUAAGAUAGUCACUCUAUACAACCGCAUCCUGCAGAGCUCUGAAACAAGCACAGCCACACGAGAGGCAGCGGCGGGAGCCCUGCAGAACAUCACAGCAGGCGACAGCAGGUGGGCCUCUGUGUUGAGUCGAGUGGCGCUGGAGCAGGAGCGGAUGUUGCCGGUGAUUCUUGACCUGUUGCGGAGCCCCACAGAUGCCGAGCUCCGCUCUCUCACGGGUCUGCUGAGGAACCUUUCCCGGCACUGCAAAAACAAAGCUGACAUGGCUACCAAAGUGGUGAAUAUUCUGGUGAACAAACUCCCCAGCGAUGGGCAUCAGAAGGAACCUUCUAGUGAGGUGGUGGUCAACAUCUGUGGGGUUCUCAACAACCUGGUUACAGGAAGCUCUCUGGCUGCUAGAGAUAUCACUUAUUUUGAUGGACUGCCCAAGCUGGUCAGCAUUAAGACGUCUCAUGACAACAGUCCUGGGAAGCUAAAAGCCGCCAGGGCUGCCUCCACCGUUCUGUCCAACAUGUUUCAGUACACCAAACUUCACAAAGAUUACAAACAGAAAGGGUUCACAAGACGGGAUUUCAUGGAUAUGACCGUCUAAUCUCUGUUCGUGACUUAGUGCUAAACUCAGCGGACAAGAUGGAAUUAGACAUCCAUGGGAUUUUACACCAAAGUCACAAAGGGAAUGCAACCAGCCCGUUUCUCUCAAACACAGAC